UGCGGACGUCGCCGGCGGAGGUCGCGCGACAGCAAAUCGUCCUCCCAGCCUCCUCCAGCACAUCUCCUGCAUCGUCGAGCCUGCGGUUUGCUGCAGUCUUGGUUUCGCUUCCUGUCCGGCCACCUCCCUCUGCGACUUCCAAACGCAUCCGCCAGAGAGAGAGAGAGAGGCGGCGCAUGGCGUGAAACGGCGCGCAGAAGGCUUGGAUCUACUCAACAACCGCUUUGACGCCUCCAGCUCGUCCACAAUGGCAUCAUCCUUCCCGCAAAUGAACCCACAGCGGAUACGGAGCUACAUUCUUCGCCUACCGCUCUGCACCCGUCUCAUAUGCAUCUUGAUCGUGGCUUUCUGGGUCGCCGGCAUAAGCCAUGGCUUCCAGAACUGGGCGUCGCUUGCGCCCGAGGCCGUCUUCUCCGGAUCCAUGCAUCGAUUGAACACCUAUCCCUUCUUGCAUCUGGGCCUGAUACAUACGCUGGCGAACCUACUCGCCCUGACGCCGCUGUUGGAACGCUUUGAAUCCGAACAUGGCACGCUCGUCACGAUUGUCAUGUUCACAGGCCCAUUUGCCACAUUCCCAGCAGCGAUCUACCUGCUGAUCGCCUACAUUUUCGGCAUCCACACCCCCAUACUCGGCGCCAGCAUAUGGGUCUUCCUUCUGCUCGCUUCCUCCAUCGUCCAGCAAUCCAAGACGCAGCCCUACAUCGCGCCGCCCGCCUUUCUCAACUUGCCCCAGACGUACCGCAUCCCCACAGCCGCCCUGCCCAUACUCAUCAUCUUGCUUACCUCUUUCCUGUCGACGCUGCACGUCAUCCCCGCGACCAGUCUGCUGGGCCACCUGGCCGGCGCGCUGAUCGGUUACCUGUGGGGCCUGGGGUAUAUCAAGUUUUUGGCGCCGCCUGAGAAGGUGCUCAGAUGGAUUGAGGCGAAGUUGAACUUGUUGGGCAGGAUACCGCACUAUGUCAGUGUGGACCAGAAGGUGUUUGGGAGAUAUGGGAUCCUGCCGCAGACGGCCAGCGUCCCUGUAUCGAGCAGCAGUGCCAUACCCAUGGUAUAGCACUUGCCACCGACAUGUAUGUGUCACAACAGGGGACAUCUAAUCGCGUUUGUUGACAACAAUCGAUGCGGACGCAGGGGCGCUGGUUUUUGGAAUGUGCUGAUACGGUCUUACGCAUGGUGUUUCUGGGCGAGCAACUUUCUUGAGUCAUGGAUUUGCAAAGGGGAAAAAAGCAUGGUUAGAGAACGUUCGGCGAUCAUCCUGGGUUUAGAUAUUUAUGCCAGAGAUGUCUAUUUAAAGUCACGACUGUCUUCCUGCCAAGCAGCCCUCUUUGAGCCGACCCGGAAAGCUGGAGCAUCUGGAUUUAAGACGUCCCGCAUCAUGAUCGCCUGUUGGGGAUCACUAGGGCAAGAUGCCAAAUUUGAUGUGUUGAAUUUCACCCAAAACAAGCACUGAGUAUCUCCCACGUCCUGAUCGUCUGCAUCCGGAGACAGUCCCGUAAUUCCCUCAAAAAGAUCGUUCCGAACUCGAAGUCUGCCGGAUAUCUUGGAGAGAAACGAUUCGAAUGCGAG